AUGCCGCAGGCGCUUUUCGCUGAUCCCCAGCGCAAGCAGAAGAAGAAACGUACGCUGCAGACCGUGGAGGAGAGGGAGGCAGAGACUUUAGCCAAAGAGAUGUCAUGGAUCUGGCGAACCAGCCUGAAGCCAGUGGCUGAGGUAGCAUCCUCCUCGCAGAACCCUGAGACCGACAGCACAAGUUUGUCCCCUGCUGUAGCCGAACAUGAAGCACAGCUGCUCACUGCCGGGCUUCGUGUUGAAUGGGCUAAGGCUAGGGCUCGGGCAGGAAGGUGGCGGGAGGAGGUUGAUCUUCUUGAAGAAGAGAUGCGACGUGUGCUAGCGUUUGAGGAGUGGAGGGCAGCAUGGUGGAGAGAACGGAGGCUUGGCCGUGAGGCCGAGGAGCUGGGCCCAGCAAUGGACGAAGCAUUGCACGCGUAUGCUGAAAAGCAGGCACGCUUCCAUGACCGGCGAGCAGGGAAACUGCGUCACAUGUGGAAAUCAGUGCCCGGCUCAAUCGAGACAGGCCGAAAAGGUGUGGUGAGCACGGUUGAGGCCUCAGAUGCUGAAGAGGAUCUGGCCAUAGACUUGGACGUAGAUAGAUGA